AGGAGAGAAAAGGGAGGGAGAAAAGGGCGGGAAACGCAGUAGAGAGCAGAAAGGGCAACAACCCAGGGAGGGGCCGCCAGAGGCACAGCGGCGGAGAGAAGGGCAGAAGUGGCGGGACAAGGAGGAGGGGAAAAGAGGGGAUACAGACGCGGCGGCGGAAGGCAGAAAAGCGGGGACGGGGGGAGGGGGAAUACGAAGGAGGGGCGCAAGCAGGCAGGACGGGAACGCCAGGCCGGGGGCGGCGGGCGGGAAAAGGCAGAGGAGAGCCGAGGACCGGAAAGCGCGCCCGAAAGCGGCGGGGAAGAAGAAAAAGCGAGCGACGACGGCGCAGAAAGAACCGGCGGUACGAGCCGGCAACAGGAGGCGAAGGGGCACCCGAGGGCGGAGGACGGGAAGCCAGACCUGCGAACCAGGCCAACGGAGCGAAGGCCCGGGAGCAAAGGAGGGGAAGCGCGACAAGGGGAACAGGAGAGGGAGGGAGAACACAAGGAGGGAAAGGGGGGCGGGCGGGCGCAGACAGACCAAGAGUGAGACGGGGACAAGGGGGAGAGGAAACAAGAGGCAAAAAAAAAAAAAGACCAAACGAGGAAGCGGAGAGAAGGCGAGGCGGAGGAGCAGAAGGGGAGGAGGGGAAAGGCGGGAAGAACAGGGGGGGGGAACCCCAGGGGGAGCCAGGGGGGCAGACGGAGGAGAAAGGAGGCAAGCAGGCAGGCAAAGGAGGAGGAAGGGAAGGAACAGGAGGGAGAGGAAGACGCGGCGGGGGGAGGCAAGGGCACCAGACAGAGACCAGGAAGGAGUCGGCGCAAGAGCAAGGGGGAGAACGGAGAAAGAGCAAAGGCGCAAACGGAAACGCACGGCAGAGCAAAACAGAGGGAAGAAGGGAGGAGGAGCACAGGGGAACAGGGAGAGAGGACGGAACCGAAGCCAGAGGCAGCAGUCAGAGGACCCCAGCCAGGCGCACCGAAGAUGA